AUGCGUGCUUUAUUUUUAAUUUUAAUUUUUGCAAGCUUUUCCGGCUCUAUAGAUCCGAUUGAGGCAAUUGUUCGGAACUUUCUUUUGCAAGCUAAGAGUGUCAGUGAAAAGUUCCUAUCAAGUAUUGAAAUUCCUACUUCAUCUAAUUUAAUGUUCCAAAUGGACGAGAAAAACGUGAAAGCUGUAGAUUCGCUGACGAACUUUUUCAAUACAUGCCCGCCAUAUAUGAUGAAUGAUUUAUUAAAUGGCACUUGGUUUAUCACACAUAUGAAUAAGAAACUGCUCCAAACAACAUUUUCGGAUUUGGACGAGACGAUAGAUGACUUGUCUAUGGGUCUCGGAUUAUCUUCUCGAAAAACAUUGAAAAGUUUAUUUCGUGAUGGUGUCAUUAUGUAUUGUGCCAAUGUGACAAUUCUAACUGAUACUACUAUAUCGCCGUUUCAAUUGGAAUACUCAACCCCAAAGGGCAGGAAAUCCAUAAUUGGAAAUGUUUGGCGGGCACCAGAUCGCUCAGUCCAGUUUAGCUUUGUGCCAAACGUUGUAUUUCGAGGUAUCAUUAGCUAUCGUACGUUCACUAUUGAAACACCGGAAGUUCUCAUCUUCAGUGAUACUGAUACUUAUCCCAAAUGCGAUAGCUACAUGGUUCUUAAACGUAAACGCAACACAACAGGCGAUGAUCGAUUGUUGGAGAUGUUAACAGCCACUGGAGCCAACUUCCCAUCUAACCCAUUGCUUUCAUUGGAUUGUUCAAAUAUUAUAAAUUAA